UUAGUGAUCCGAUAGAAGCUAUGGAGAGGGGUAUUUAGUUUUGUAAUUCAAUUAUUAUUAUUGAAAUACGAAUUAAUAUUAUGUUUGGUGAUUAAGAAAUAGUAAAUUUAGUUCAAACAUUUAUUUAAACACCGAUACGCCGAAGAAUAUCCACUGGUCAAAAUGAUAGCAACACUACUAUUCCUGUCAAGUUUAGUUCCAAUUUUGAAUUCGGAAUACAUUCCACCAGGCCCAGCUUAUGCAUGUCCGAAAGAGACGGAAAGUCAUCUACUGUACCCCUGUGUGUGCGAGAAAGGGACCGAUGAUGGGUUGUACAUCAAAUGUUCGAACACAGGGCUGGCUGUAAUGAGUGUUGGUUUGGGGAAUUUAGCUGGUUUAGGGUUGCCAAUUGAACGAUUGUUGUUGCAGGAAUGUAAAAUAUCCCAUCUUUUCGGACCCCUGCUCCAUAGAUCUUCUGUUCGAGUGCUGAAAAUAAUAGACACGCCCAUAAAGACGGUAGACGAGUACGCGUUUGCCGGAGUUAAUAGGACACUUCAAGAAUUGUAUAUGGUCAAUACUAGGAUAGCAGAGUUCCCUAAAGAGGCUUUCAGGAUUCUAGGCAACCUAUCUAUCCUGUCGAUAGAUGGACACAAAAUAAAGUCUUUGAGUAAGGACAUAUUUGCUGGUAGUCUGGCUGCUGGGAAGCUGGAGAGGUUGCACUUGGUGAAUGGGCUUAUUUCGGAUCUAUCACCUGAUGCUUUUAUGAAUCUGAAGAAACUACGCACAUUAGAUUUACACGGUAAUCGUCUGGUCACAUUAAAAAGAAGCCAGUUCAAAGGGCUCAGAGAGACUGAGGUUUUAGAUCUUAGUUACAAUAACCUAACGAAACUAGACGGAAGUCAUAUAGGCGAUCUAACAAAGCUAGGCUGGUGCAACGCUAGUCACAACCAAUUGCCUGAUAUACCUAGAGGUAUGUUCGCAAGAAACACAGUGAUAAAAGUGGUCCAUUUGGACAAUAAUAAAAUAAAGAAAUUGGACACGAAUAGCUUUAGGGGUAUGCGGUUUUUGAGGCGUCUCUACCUACAAGACAAUCAAAUAUCCGACGUGGGCCGUGGUACUUUCUCGGCCGUGACUAGGAUAGGCACGGUCGACUUGGCGCGGAAUAGAAUAACUAAAGUCGACUUCCAGAUGUUCCAGGCGGUCAAGUACGCUGAGAUAAUAAAUCUAGCCGAGAACAACAUAACGCUGAUCGAGAAGCAGGCGUUCACCGAUCUCUAUUUAGCGACGGUGAACAUAUCGCACAAUCAGAUCACGAGAAUCGAACCGGCCGCCUUCCAGAACUGCAACAAUAUGACGCUGCUCGACCUGAGCCACAACGGCUUGACCGAAAUCGAUAGGAAUGCGUUCGACGAGAACACGUACGCGUCGGAGUUUCAAGUCUCGUACAAUGCGUUCACGGAUUUUGGACAGAUACCCAUACACAACAUGACCGGCAUACGCGUCCUGAACGCGUCCCACAACCUCAUCGCCGUGAUACCGAAGAACGCGUUCCCGAAACUGUACGAAUUGCACACGGUGGACGUCUCGUACAAUAGCCUGGUGGAAAUAUCCAACGCCGUGUUCCAGAAUCUGUUUUCUUUGCGAUACCUGAACCUCAGCCACAAUUCGCUGGAGCAAAUAAAACCGUCCACGUUCGGCACAAUACCGACCGUGCUCGAGCUGGAUCUGUCGCACAACAUGUUGGGCGACGUGUCGCGCGGCAGCCUCGCCAAGUUGGCCAGCUGUCGCUUACUCGACAUAAGCCAUAAUAAGUUGCAGCAUAUCUUUCAGAUACCGAUAAGUUUGGGCGAACUGAACAUGGCCCACAACAACCUGGCCGAGAUACGCGUCAACACUUGGCCGACAAUGAACGCGCUCCUCCGUCUCAACCUGUCGCACAACAUGUUGGCCGACGGGUUGACCGACGCGUCGUUCAGCGGCCUACUGACGCUGCAGGUGCUCGACCUGUCCGCCAACAUGUUGACCCGAUCGCCGUGGGAGGCGUUGAACACGCUGACCAGUCUGCAGUACCUGUAUUUGCAGCACAACGAGCUAACAUCGCUCACAAAAUCCGCGUUCGGAAACCUGCCCACAACGUUCACGCUCGACUUGUCGCACAACAAGUUGGCCAACAUCGAGCGGCGCUCGUUCGAGGGCAUGCAGCAGUUGCUCGACCUGUCGCUGCGCGGGAACCUUCUGGAAGCCGUGCCGAAUGAGGCCUUCAAGGGGUUGGUCGCUUUGAGGCGGUUGGAUCUCUCUCAUAACUAUUUGGAAAAGAUCGACAACAAAACGCAUGGGCUGUUGGACGAUUGUCUGUCACUUGAAAUGGUGAACCUGAGUCACAACCGCAUCGGUUUCCUCACGAAGAAAAUGUUCCCGGCGAGCCCGUGGAUACCCUACAGACUCGCGGAGAUCGACCUGAGCCACAACGAGAUACCGGUCGUCACGUACGAGUUGACGCGCGGCGCGAAGAGACUGAGGAAAUUGAAUUUGGCGGGAAACUACAUUAACGACAUACGGAGCAAUGUCCUGGGAAAUCUAACGUCGUUAGAGGUUUUGGAUCUAUCGAACAAUCAGAUAAAAGAUUUGGUUUCUAGAAGCGCGGACACUAAAUUCCACCUGCCUGAGAAUAUUACGCAUCUCUACCUGCAGAAUAACUCUCUGGAAGUGUUGCCCAUAGAGAAUAUAGACAAGUCUAGAUAUCUGAAGGUGUUGGACGUGAGGCAUAACGUUCUCACCAGCUUCUACCCGCAAUUGGUGAAGAAAAUCAUCGAGCAAGGGUUGGAGGUUUAUUUUGAAGAUAACAAACUGAAGUGCGACUGUUUCACACGUCCAUUGAAACAUUAUAUAAAUAAAUUGCCAAUAUCACAGCAACAGGAUAUAAAAUAUAAUAAAUUGCUCUGUUCUGAACCACCGACUUUGUUUAAUACAACAUUUGUCAAUAUCGACGAAGAGAGAUUAUUGUGCGCCGGCAACAUCGGCUUGGAGGACAAAAUGAAGGAAUAUGGCAACACUGAGUAUAUGUUUACAGCGGAACCGGAUCUGGCGUUUAGGGAUAUACAGUACUCCCAACCAGCAAUAUACGUCCACUGGUAUAUACUCACCAUAGAGGAUCUGGCGGAUUUCUACAUAUACAUACGCGACAAAAACAACACGCUAUAUUACAGCAAAGACGUUUCGUACAACCUGCGCUCGCUCACAAUACAAGUGGAUGCGAGUAUCCGAACGGCGCUGCAAAAUGGCGUCGCGCUUGACAUAUGCGUUCAGGCGAAAACGUCAAACGGCUUCGCGCGCAAAUACUUUGACAGCCAGUGUCAGGGCGUCAUUUCGAAUUUCGAAUCGUGGCCGAAGAAGUUGAACGUCGAUAAAAGGAGGUUGUCGAGGAAGAAGGUUCGAUACGGCUGGUUCUCGAACAGCGUUCUGGGUCUGGUUAGCGAUUCGAUUUUGAUAACGUUGUGUAUAUUUUUGGGGGUCUGCUUCAGGCGGUUGGCGGAUUUGGAUAUAUGAAGUGUUCGUUUGUUUGUCUGCUGGUGUCUUUGGUUUAUUUUGAGUGGUGCCGUUGUUUAUUAGGGCUGAACGAGGUAGGGUUGUCAAUUUUAGAAAUAACCGAUGAUCAAGAACUAUACGCGUGAUACAUGAAAUUGAUUUUGAAAUAGCUAGCUGUCUUUCUUUCAAGUUACGUCUUUUAUUUGCUUUUAUUGAUCUGUUAUUGUAUACAUUUCUGUGAAGUGAUCCGCCUAUAAAAUACCCGGAUGUAAAAAUCUGACCAAUAUGUUGGUAAAAUUAAUUAAUUCCAUAAUAGAUUUGAGAGACACCAAGAUUUAUUUUGUUUCAUGCUUCUAGAGACGAAACAUUGUGCCAUUUUUGACGUAUGUUUAUGAUGUGAAAUGCAUGGUGUUGACGAAUAAAUUUUAAAAUUUGAGGGUAUUUGUAAAAAAAAAAAAGAUUGACAGAGUUCAGUGUGGACAUACCAUUAUUUUCUUAUACUAGCAUUCCGUCCCAUACGUGAUACUCCUAGUUUUAUAAAAUAUAUAUAUGACUAUAUACAAAAAUAUAUAUAUACACACUUAAAUAUACAUAUUAUGUUACCAUUCUUUUGCUUGUACGAAGCCUUGUAAAGGUUGACAUUAGAGAGAGUUCUAGUAUGUUCCAUGAGAUAAAGAUUAAGAAAUAUACUGAUUUUGUACGCACAAUAUCAAAA